AUGUUAACUGUACCAAUAUUGCCGAAUUUCAUAAAUGACCAAAAGAUCUAUUCUUAUUAUUUUCAUCACAUAUCUGGAUUACGAAUACGGAAUCUUUAUAAUUUGAUAAUAUUUUUAAGCUUUUACAUUUUUGAUUCUUAAAAUAAGAACACAAAAUAGUUGACGCUCUUUUAUAUUCCAUUGCUGAUAUAUGCAUUUGAAACCUAAACAGCAAUUUAUAUAUACACAUAUAUUCUUUGCUUAUAAUUCAGGUAGGAGAAACAAGUGAUGUAUUUAAGAUAUAUAUUGGUGGUAGUGGGAUUAUUCAUAGCAGAACAAUGGUAUAGCAACUUAUUAAUUAGGUAUUACAAAUUGUUAUUGUUGAUAUUUUUGGUUGACACUGAAAUGAAUGUUAACAUAAAACUCUUUGUCCAAGUAUUUGUGGGGAAAUAGGUAUUUGACUUAUUCGUAUGCUACACUCCUUUGAUUACACAUCAGUUAUUUCAAUACAAAUAUGAUGUUUGCAAUUUUAAUUCUACAUUAUGUCUUUUGAGUGUGGUUACGUUGGUGGUAACUUUGCAUAUCCAUCAGGAGAACCUGAUAUUCUCUCGUCUCAUGCAGAUAUAUGUAAGGAAUGAAUAGAUUAUGUAGCUGUUAUCGUUGCCUAUAUGGCCAGCCUUAUUCUACUACGAUAGAUCAGCGGAUAAUUUAAUUUUAGCAUUGAUAAAUAUUGUGCAAAUAUUAAAAUAGUUCUAGUAGCAGGUGGAGGAAUGA